CUCACUUAAAGAAGGCUCUAUGCGACAGUAACAUGUUUUCGGGUAGCUACGAAGCGUGUGGCAAUAUUAUCCCAGCUUCUUACGUCCAGCAAGCUCAAAAUGCAAGAAAAAGUCGUGAAAAUCAAAUCAGGACUUUCUUGGAACACAGGAAAUGGCCGUCCGAGGGUUGGGAUGACAUCAGUAUUGAACUUCUGCUGCAAGAAUUUUCUAUUAUGGACAGUAACAACUUUCCAGGAAAUGUUGGUGCAGGAGAAAGAGAAGGAAGGGUGAUUUCAUCCCUGGUGUCAAGAAGGCAUUUCAGGUUAAGCCAUGGUAUUGGCAGGUCUGGCGAUAUAGCAGCUGUUCAACCCAAGGCUGCUGGUUCAUCUUUGUUGAUGAAACUCACCAACUGUAUGGCACUGGAUGCUAUCAAAAUGGCAGGUGUAAGGUCUGCUAAAGCUUGCCUAGUGUUGCCUGUAGCAACAGGGAUGAGUUUGGUCAUGACACUUCUGACAUUGAAGCUACAGAGACCUGGUGCCAAAUAUGUGAUUUGGCCUCGAAUCGAUCAGAAGUCUUGUUUUAAGUGCAUUCUCACUGCUGGAUUUGAACCAGUUAUUGUGGAGAAUGUUGAGGAGGGUGAUGAGCUGCGAACAGAUCUUGCAGCUGUAGAGAAGCAAAUCAAAGACUUGGGGCCAGAAAAUGUGGUCUGCAUUAUGACUACAACUAGCUGCUUUGCUCCAAGGAUCCCAGACAGGUUGGAAGAAGUUGCAAAGUUGUGCAAGGAACAAGAUGUACCUCACAUUGUGAACAAUGCCUAUGGUGUGCAGUCAUCAAAGUGCAUGCAUCUCAUUCAGCAGGCAGCACGGAUAGGUCGUGUAGAUGCCUUUAUUCAAAGUACUGAUAAAAACUUUCUGGUUCCCGUUGGUGGAGCUAUUGUAGCAGGAUUUGAUGAGAAUUUCAUAGACGCUGUUAGCAAAACAUAUCCUGGUCGAGCGUCAGCCACUCCCUCUAUAGACCUGUUUAUCACACUGUUGUCACUUGGGUCAGCUGGUUAUCAACAGCUUCUGCAACAGAGAAAGGAAGUGUACAGCUACUUAUCUGAGGGCCUAUCAAGGGUAGCGGCAGCACAUGGAGAGCGGCUUCUGAGCACCAAAGGCAACCCCAUCUCUCUUGCGAUUUCAUUGGAGCGAGUCACGAAGGGCUUGGAACUCAACGCAGCUGGCGUCACCCAACUGGGUUCCAUGCUUUUUACAAGAUGCGUUUCAGGGGCAAGAGUGGUUCCACUUGGGAGCACGAAAGACAUCAAUGGUCACGUGUUCACUGGCUGGGGUGCGCAUGCCCGAAACUACCGCUGUGCGUACAUGACUGCAGCUGCGGCGAUAGGGAUGAGUAAAGCUGAUGUGGACACGUUUUUGAAGCGACUCGAUAAGUGCUUGUCGAAAUUUACCGUGACAUCGAUUUCGAGAAGUGUUGGACACGACGAAGGACAACAAGAGGAAAAUGGAAAAGAUGAGGAGUCUGAACUCGAAACCACAGAUAAUUUAACAGUGAACAGAUAGUGUUGAACUUGGAUUAGGAUAUGAAAAUGGAAGAUGCAGCCUCAUUGUUCAUCCAGACCAUGAUAGUCACACUGACACUGCGAGCCAACGUCUUUUCCACAGGGUAAAAUAAGGUUCAUGAACGAUCGCUCUUGAAAACAUCGCCAGGUUUUUGGGUUCAGUCGCUGUUUGGACAUUCGAUUAAGACAGGAAAUCACUAAAACUUGCAAGCCAGACUCGACUGACGUCAUAAGUUAAAGGUCUCAAGACUGUUACGGAAUACCAGUCAAGUCUUACCAUCUCAUUUCAUGUAAUCAUUGUUAACUCAAAAUCUGUAAUGCUCUGAUAUCUUGUGAAACCAGUUACAUUAAACUGAUUUAGUCAUGAACACUCCAGCUGAGACCCCAGGAAAUUGUCUUCUUGCCAAAGCAUGAGCUUCUUUUUGAUCUUGCGAGAAAAAUACAGUACAAAAAUACAGUACAGUACCUGAAUAAGCGUCCCAAUUGUUGGUUUUGAAACGUGAUGUUAAUUCGUUUUUUGUCGCAGGAACUUACUUUACCGUAGAUGCUAUCAAGUAAUUGUCACUUUCAAACAAGGCCUUACUUACUUACUUAAUCUACUGUGGUUGACCAGCCCUCAGCUGCUAUGUCCGUUAGGGAAAUAGUCAUAACCGUUAGGUUUUGCGUACGUGUUCUCCGGUUAGAUAUAUCCACGAGGUUUUCCUCGGUUAGGUCAGUUCAAAUGCAGAUUUCACUGCGUCAACUUCUACUCGGCAUUGGGCCAUGGUUUCUCUCUACACUGUUACUCGUCUAUUCUAUCAAGUCAAGUUCAGUGCGUGUGCAAACCAAAGUGAGUAAUCUAUUCCUUGUUUUUUAU